CAUUCAAUUACGUCGUUCCUUUGUUCUUAAGCACCGCAUUGAUGGGCACGUGUCAAGUUGUGUUGCCAUUCUGACCAAGUUUCAUACGCAUUGACGCAGUCAUUUGUUUUCAUCAUCGAACACCGUACGCAAUGCUACGUCUAAGCUUCUGUAUUCUCUCACGUGGGCACUGACUUCAUAUUGGGCGACGAAGACGCACAAUACGGAAGUAGUACAAGAUUCUUCUCUCUUCCUUCUGAUUGUAAAACUUCAUAAAGAAAGGAGGAAUUUAAUAAUCACUUGACACAGUGUUUAUUGUUAUUUUGUUUAUUAAAUUCAUGUUACUGGAUGCAUAUUUUUCUUGAAAACGCAUAAGUAUGUGACGUACUUAUUUGUGAUAUACCACGCCAAUAUUGUGAACUGAUAUAAAUACUGUUCUAAUUCUAUAAAACAUACAUUUUAGAAAUUCAAGACAUGGUCAAAGAACGCCACAGUCACAUUUUCCAGAAUAAUCAACUAUUGACUUUGUCGCGAAGCGAAAGUGUGGCUCCUGUGGAAGUGACUCGUAGGCUGACUCUGAGACACGUGCAAAGCGACUUCAAGACGAAUGCCCUCAGCACCAGGAACCUUGUCUACUGCGACGACGAUGUCAACUCAAUGCUCAGUUCCUUGUGUUGCGUGUUCAUGGUCGCCCAGGCGUUCGCGUUGUGUCCUGUCAGAGGAAUUACAGGACGUCGGGCUGAAGACCUCUCAUUCACAUGGCGAAGUAUUCGAGUGUUCUACACCAUUGUCGUGAUUCUGGCUUUGGUUGUCUCUCUUGGAUUCUCCUUUACAUGGUUUCUCAUCGUAGGUUUCACAUUUACGACUUCAGGAGCGAUAAUGUUCUACGUCACUGGACUUACAUGCUGUGUAUUAUUUCUGAAGCUUGCUACAAAGUGGCCAGAAGUGGCAAUGCUGUGGCAACAAACAGAACACAACCAAAUUCGCUACGGAUACCCGACCAACUUACGCUUGAAGAUUAGAGCAAUGACAGCUGUUAUAUUAACGCUAGCCUUAGUCGAAUACGUGUUAUCAAAUGCAAACAGAAUGUACAUCGCUUCGCAGUGCUCUACUGGAACUUUCGACCUGGUGCGACGUUAUAUUAUGGUGACGCACAGACACGUAUUUGGGGUAAUCGGGUACACAACUUUCAUGGCUUUAUUCACUUCGAUCGUCAGCGUAAUUUCAUCAUUUUACUGGAGCUACGCUGACAUGUUCAUAAUGCUGGUCAGCAUUGCACUGGCGAGCAGAUUUCGCCUACUCAACUACCAUCUGAAAGAAGUCAGGGGAAAGGUAAUGCCAGAAUGUUUCUGGAGAUCAGCACGAGAGGACUAUAAUGCCUUAUCGCACUUGACGUCAUCUGUUGACUCCUGUGUCUCUAGCAUUGUCCUGCUCUGCUUCGCAACAAACCUUUUCUUCAUCUGUCAACAACUCCUCAACAGCAUAAACCGUUCCCUUAACACAAUACAAAUAGUGUAUUUUUACGUGUCCUUCGGUUACCUGUUGCUAAGGACCAUCGCCAUGGCUCUGUACGCAGCCAGUAUUUAUGACGAAAGUCGAGUUGCUAAAGAAGUUCUCUACGCAGUUCCUGCUCACAGCUAUCAAGUGGAGGUUCACAGAUUUCUAAUUCAAGUUGCUACUGAUAAUGUAGCUCUUACCGGAUUAAACUUUUUCCCAGUUACAAGAACUGUCCUGCUCACUCUAGCUGGGACUAUUGUAACAUACGAAGUUGUGUUGGUGCAGUUUGGAACCACGUCUGAUAGCAGUUCCUCUAACAUGACAGCCCUGUGCCUCGAUCUGACGACGGUGCACUACAUACAGUAAAUCCACAGUGUUUUCUCCAAAACAAAGCUAAGAUUCUCUGAAUAAUAGAGUUACUUACAUGUUUUAUAUUUAUUGAAUAGUCGUAAUAUAAAAUAUGAAUUCAUAACCACGAGGUUGCUUCGCCAUAUGAAGAAUGAUUCUAUACCGCGGUUGAUAUAAUGAUUUUAGCUGACUAUACGCAUAUAACCAAGUAUAACAAUCUUGACUCAACACUUAUAAAUCUAUUUGAAACAAGCUAAUCAGUACAUUUUAGAGGUGCGUAUUAAUGUACGUAACCUAUAUACGCAUGAAUGUCUAGCUGUAUGCAUGUGUUUUCUGUAUAACCAACUCGAGUCAUAAUUAAAAUUCCUGCAUUCAUCAAACAAAUUAAUAUAUACAAUUUAUAUGAAUGUAUUAUGUUCAUAUUUAGUGCGUAUAUAUCUGUUACGAGACGAAUCAGUAUCAGCAGUUGGUAUGAUCUCUGCUCAGUUCACGGAUUUGCUAUAGGAUCGAAGUCCUUUUAGAAACAUAAUUUCAUAAUUUAAUUUAAUAAAAAAGAUAGCGCAUACCGCAAUACACAAUAAGGAGUUACUAAGUUCCAUGUGUCAUAAAUAUGAAGUGUCUGUUACAAUUAGUUUUAUGCAAAAAAAUAUUCGCCCACCGAAGAAAUUCUUAAUGAGUGCUCCGUUUCAACACCAAAAUAAAUUAAAUUGCACGCAAAGAAUGAACUUUCCAUCAUGA